AGAAAAAGCUCCGUGUUUUAGACUGGAGUUUGUUUAAGAACUACAAACUUCUACUUCUGUGGAAAAAAACUCCGGCUGUGGCGCAAUUGCAGCGUGCGGGAGUCAGAGUCCAAACGUGCCAACUCGGCGGACACGUAUUCCCCCCGCCGAGUCCGUAAAGCACUCGGCGAUUAAACGGUGUUCGGGGUUUGAUUUUUUCGACGAUGCUAAAAAGUGGGCUAAUGCUAAAAGUGCGUGCGGCGGCGUGACGGCGGCGUGACGGCGGCGCCUCAGGAAGGAAGGAAACUGAGCCGAGCCGAUCUUCUGCAGCGCUAGCACAACUUUCCCCGCACCUCCGGACCACCGUGACGCACUUUGGAAACGAUCCUGCCCUGGCUUUUUAAAGAAAUAACUCUCAGCUGAUAAGUUAUGACGUUUGGAAGCGCGAGAAAACCUGCGGCGACUCGUUUCGGCGACGCGCGGUUCUGACUUGGAAGUAUGACCUGAUCGUCGCCAAACCGGUUCUUCCGCGCGUUUUUACCGAAUAGUUUGGCACAGCAGCGACGCAAAAAAAAAAAAAAAAAAAAAAGGACAGCCCAUGGCAUCGGAUGUGCUCGAAAGCCAAGCGGCGUUGCAGGGCGUGACGGGGAUAAGCGAUAGAGACAAUAGCGGCGCGUCGGAGGGAGUCACACCCAGCGGGAGCGCACGGGAGCGGGGCGACGCGCAGCCCUCCAGCCCCUCCAGCCCGUCCACCUCCGGCAUGUCCGAGGAGUACGACCCCCAGGAACAAUCACAAAGCGUGUCCACAUCUGAUAAUAAUGGGAUAAGUUCGACCCAGACGCAGGACGCAGCAGCAGCAGCAGCAGCGGGGAGGAGGCGAUCGAACCCGGGUAAACUUUCUCCGACGCACGCCGCGCCCGCUGGAAGCCUGGAGCGUCAAGAGUCCAUCUCCACCACAGAAGCUCGUCUGCGGAUGGAGGGAGUGGAGCUGAAGGAGGAGUGGCAGGACGAGGACUUUCCCCGCCCACUUCCAGAGGAGGAGCUGGAGGAGGAGCUUUUUGGGGGGACGUCUGGAGAUGGAGACGGUUAUGAAUAUGAUCAGGGGGCGAAGAUGAGGAAGAAGUUGGCGGCUCCAGACAUCAGCCUGACCCUGGACCGCAGUGAGGGCUCCAUUAUCUCGGACGAGCUGGAAGAGAGCACGGAGCUGGACCUGGACGCCAUCGACACGCCCUCGGACAACAGCAACGAGUUUGAGUGGGAAGAUGACCUGCCGAAGCCCAAAGCCACCGAGCUGCUGGAGAAGGGGGUGGAGUCGGUGGAGGAGUUCACGGCGUCGGAGGAGAGGGAGGAGGGGCGCAGGUGGAGGCUCUUCAGGAUCGGGGAUCAGGAGCAUAAGGUGGACAUGAAGGCCAUCGAGCCGUACAAGAGAGUCAUCAGCCACGGAGGUUACUAUGGAGACGGGUUGAACGCCAUCAUCGUAUUUGCCGUGUGUUUUAUGCCUGAAAGCAACAAACCAAACUACAGAUACAUUAUGGACAAUUUAUUUAAGUAUGUGAUUGGGACACUGGAGCUUCUGGUGGCAGAGAAUUACAUGAUAGUCUAUUUGAACGGUGCCACGUCACGGAAGAAGAUGCCAACUGUGGGCUGGCUACGGAAGUGUUAUCAGCAAAUCGACAGAAGGUUAAGAAAGAAUUUAAAGUCUCUCAUAAUUGUGCAUCCGUCGUGGUUCAUCCGCACGCUGCUGGCGCUAACGAAGCCUUUUAUAAGCUCCAAGUUUAGUCAGAAAAUCAAAUACGUCUUCAGUCUGGCAGAUCUGGCAGAACUGGUUCCAAUGGAGUACGUGUCCAUCCCAGACUGUAUCAAAGAAGUCGACCAGGAGAUGCACGGCAAAGUGGAGGUGGCGGCUGCUGCGGUUCCCGAGUGAGCCUUUUUGUUUACGACGUGGACUGUGUAUAUAAACGGACACGGCUAACCUCCCGACCGUCCCGUUCCAAAUAGGAAGCGAGCGUGGACGCAGCAGCACUUUCCGAUCCGUCGACUCCCGCCUUCAAUUCACUUCGUAUCGAGAAACCGUCACCGUUUUGUGUAACUGCUGCUGUCAGGCUCCUCGUUUUCGGUCUUAAAUGUUCGUAUUUACCCGCUCUGGUGUUUUUAAUUCGCGAUUUUGUCCAGAAAUUUGAAAUUCCGCCCCAUAAUUUGUAGCCUCGAUGAGCUUCGUUUGACUGGAGCCACUGUGGACGACGUCACACUCCCUUAGUCCACUUCUUUAUACAGUUUAUGGUUCGCGCUGAGGACGACUACAUGAAGAAUCACCCCUGGACUGUUUUAAUAAAAGACCGGACACUGU